AUGGCCGACCCGAAGCCGACGCCAAUUUCGGCCAAGCGGACCACCAGAAGGGUGAAGAGGCCUUCGAGGGAAGCCAUCAUUACUCCCACCACCACGCCGGAACAGAGCUCGCGGAGCUCGAAAAGCGGGAAAGGGCGCAGCGAGAAGUCGCGCGUUUCGAACAAUGAAAAACGUGUCCGCAACGCACCGAGCAAGGAGGUCAUAGCCCGCAGUGCGAGCAAGGAGACGGUCGAGGACAACACGCAGCGAGCCACAAAACCCGCAAGUAGCACCCCCUCCGCGGCGCAGGACAACAAGAAGAGAAAGGCGGCCACGGUGAAGCCGGGCAGGGCGCAGCCGAAAUUCACGCCGGAACAAGAUAGCGCCGCCGACAAGUUCUGCAACUACAUCAAGAGCACCCCGGCCGAACAGAUUGUCAGCGAUUUCGAGAAGGUGCAGACGUAUCCGGAGAAGAAGGGCGACUGCGAAGUCUGCAAGAAGAACACGGCCAAGAAUCGAUAUGGGGAUGUGCACUGCCUGGAUGCGACGCGCGUCGAGCUGAAGACCGAUUUCGGCAACUACACCUCUGCUGACGGUGAUUACAUCCAUGCCAACUGGAUCUCCUUCGAUUACCUGGAGAGAAAAUACAUCGCCACGCAGGGCCCGAAGGACAAUACGAUCGAGGAUUUCUGGCGUAUGGUCUUCCAGGAGAACGUGGCGGCCAUCGUUUGCGUGUGCAACUUUGUGGAGGGUGGCCAAUCGAAGUGUGCGGAAUAUUUCCCGAUAAACGCUGGCGAGUACAAGAACUAUGGCAAGAUGUUCGUCAACAACAAAAAAGUCGACGACAUUGUGUACACGUUGGAAGUGUUGCCCGAUGGCUGCUCGAAUUCGAUCGUCACAAAGCUCAUCUUCUGCACCGAAUGGCCGGACAAGGGAAUGCCGACGAAGGGCGGUAUCCCGCUGAAAAUCCGCCGUCUCACCAGGGAGGCAGGCACGGGACCGGUCGUGGUCCACUGUUCGGCGGGUAUUGGUCGUACUGGAACGUACAUCCUCAUCGAGAUGGCCAUCCAGAAGUUGCUCAAGGGCAAAGAGCCAGUGAUGAUCGAUCUCUACAAAGAUCUGCGCGAUUGCCGGGCAUCUUCCGUCCAGAAUACGCAACAGUAUCUCUACGCCUACAGCAGCGUGCUCGACUUUAUCAUCACGCGAAGGAUCGAGUACAAGCCGUUGAAAACGAAGUUCCUCAAAGAUCUGUGCGAAAUCAUGGAAGAGGCGGCCGCUGCCGACCCACGUCCCAAU